CAGAAAAGGCGGAUCGAUAUUGGCGCCCCUUUUUAUUCUUCCAUUUUUCUUUCUCUCUCUGCCAAACAUUAUUUAAAAGAAAAUUAAGUAAACAAAAACAGAAAUUGAAAAGGGUAUUUUUUCUUUUUUUGGGUUAAAUUUUGUACUUUGAAUUCUGGAAUAUAGCUCUCUAAAAAUACAGCGUUAAUUUUGUUGGAGUCAAUUAUAUAUAAUAUAAUUAGAAUUAGCGCCAUGUCAGUACGCAGACGUACUUUGCUCAAGGUUAUCGUUCUCGGCGAUAGCGGGGUUGGCAAGACUUCUUUGAUGAAUCAAUACGUGCACAAGAAGUUUAGUCAGCAGUAUAAAGCUACAAUAGGUGCUGAUUUUGUGACCAAAGAACUCCAAAUUGAUGACAGGCUUGUCACCUUGCAAAUAUGGGACACGGCUGGACAAGAAAGAUUUCAGAGUCUUGGAGUUGCAUUCUAUAGAGGGGCAGAUUGUUGUGUUCUAGUUUACGAUGUUAAUGUUAUGAGAUCAUUUGACACUCUUGAUAACUGGCAUGAGGAGUUUCUUAAACAGGCAAACCCGCCUGAUCCCAAGACAUUUCCAUUUAUACUGCUCGGAAACAAGAUUGAUAUUGAUGGUGGAAAUAGUCGAGUGGUGUCUGAGAAGAAAGCAAAAGAAUGGUGUGCAUCAAAAGGAAACAUACCUUACUUUGAGACAUCAGCAAAAGAGGAUUACAAUGUUGAUCCUGCAUUCCUGUGUAUUGCCAAGACUGCUCUAGCUAAUGAGCGUGAGCAGGACAUAUACUUCCAAGGCAUCCCUGAGGCUGUUUCAGAGAGUGAGCAAAGAGGUGGCUGUGCAUGUUGAGUCGGGAUUGAUUUGAUUUGGCGGACUCAUCUCAGCACUUGUGGUUGGCUAAUUCAAUCUUUCAUUUUUGGUUCUUGUGAUUCAUUUUCUAAUUUUAUCCCUCAGUUACCUUGCAUUUUUGUAGCCCUUGAGAUUGAGAUAUUCUUGACUGUUUAAUUGCCAUUUGAAGACUAUUAUUUUUGUCAAAGAUGAACUGUGUCCAUAGUGGGUGGUAUUAGCUCAUGUUGGAAGGAUUCACCAUGUACUUGUUAGCUUGGUUUAUGAAUUGUUUGCUUUGGGGUCUAAUUCUUGAAAUAACAGACUCGGGAUUUCGAUUGUA